UAUAUAUAUAUAUUUUAUAUUAUUUUUAUUGUACCAACUAACCAGUUGGUUAAUCCCCAUAUUUCAAAGUUUUAUUAAUUGAACAUCUUUGAGGCCAAUAUUCUAAAGAAAAAUAAUGAGGAUUUAUUUGAUCACUCUAAUUGGCCUUUUGUUUGGUUAUGCAGGUUAACUUGUAGUUUUAUAGAUUCAAUAAUUGUAUUCAUGGUACUUAAUUUUUGUUGUAUAUGUUGUAAGAAUUCAGUAAUUAGUAUGUGGAUGAAUGUUUCAGCUGCUUAUGAUCCAUUGGAUCCCAAUGGGAAUAUAACUAUUAAAUGGGAUGUCAUGUCUUGGACUCCUGAUGGCUAUGUUGCUGUGGUAACGAUGAACAACUUCCAAAUGUACCGACACAUUAUGAGCCCUGGGUGGACAUUAGGGUGGACAUGGGCGAAGAAAGAAGUGAUAUGGACUAUGAUUGGUGCUCAAGCUACAGAACAAGGUGAUUGCUCGAAAUUCAAAGGAAAUAUUCCGCAUUGUUGCAAGAAGACUCCCACUGUUGUAGAUAUGCUCCCUGGAGUACCUUAUAACCAACAAUUUACUAAUUGUUGUAAAGGUGGAGUUUUGGCUUCUUGGGGCCAAGAUCCUCAAUCUUCCGUCUCUGCUUUUCAAGUUAGUGUUGGUCAAGCUGGUACCACAAACAAGACUGUAAAACUCCCCAAGAACUUCACUUUGCUUGGACCUGGACCAGGUUACACUUGUAGUCCUGCAAAGAUUGUCCCGCCAACCAAAUUCUUCACACCUGAUCUAAGAAGAAAAACUCAAGCACUCAUGACAUGGAAUUUAACAUGCACAUACUCUCAGUUUGUAGCUCAAAAACAUCCAAGAUGUUGUGUCUCCCUCUCAACUUUCUACAAUGAAACCAUUACUUCUUGUCCUUCUUGUGCUUGCGGUUGUGAGAACAAACACAAAUGCAUCAAGAGCGAUUCCAAGCUACUCAGUAUGGUGGGGGUAAACACUCCACGAAAAGACAAUGCACCAUUACUACAGUGCACCCAACAUAUGUGCCCCGUUAGAAUCCAUUGGCAUGUGAAACUCAACUAUAAGGAAUAUUGGAGAGUCAAGAUUACUGUUACCAACUUCAAUUACAGGGUCAAUUACACACAGUGGACUCUUGUUGCUCAACAUCCAAAUCUUAACAAUGUAACUCAAGUUUUUAGCUUUGAUUACAAGCCUCUUGUUCCAUAUCAAUCAAUAAAUGACACAGGUAUGUUCUACGGUAUGAAGUUCUACAAUGACUUACUUAUGGAAGCAGGGCCAGCUGGAAAUGUUCAAUCAGAAGUUCUUCUCCAGAAAAAUAAGGAUACUUUUACCCUUAAACAAGGAUGGGCAUUUCCUCGAAAAGUAUACUUCAAUGGCGAUGAGUGCAUGCUACCACCACCAGAUAGUUAUCCAUAUUUACCCAAUUUUGCCCACCAGAAUCUGGAUGCUUUUUCAACAUUGUUUCGUUCUAUGCUUUUGAUUUUACUUGUUCUGUUUUGAUCAUUUCACUAGUUUGUGAACAAGUAAAAAUUUUGAAGCCAAGCAACCAUUUCAGUAGUA